CAUGCACGAGUCCUGUUCUAUAGCUAAUCUCGUUGAAACCGUUGAAUCUUAAACGUUGCACUUGUUAUUGCUUUAUUUUGUGCGCGUAAUACCAAUGGAAAGUUCUUACGAUUAUGAUAAUUUUACAAGAUUGGUGCUACCGUGGGAGCGACCAAUCGUACAUCCGUUAGUAAGCUCAAAUGGAUUCAGUUCAUUUCGUACAAUAAAGUGGACAGGUGGAGUGGCUUGCUGUGCCGGGAUUUUGUUUAUUUGCUACAAAAUCAUACGUCCAAGGUUCCUAAAGGCUGAACCUGAGCAAGCUUGUCGCACCAUUCAAAAAUCGAAAACCUACAUAAACAAAUGGACAAUCGAAAAAUUCGUCACUAUUCAAGAUGCAAGCAUUAAAUCGAUCGUAUUUUCCGGCACAAACUGCGAUGGCGACCUCGUGACAUGGAGCUACUUUGUAGAACCGGAUAAGGAAAAUGUUAAGGUGUGGUAUCAAAUCGAGACUGGAGAACGGGAUAUCGUUGCUGGAAUUGAACUUAUCGGGCCGAUGAUAGCUUUUAGAUGGUGCAUUAAUGGUCAAGCCAUAUUCACGUUCGAUCACUCCACCGUUUUCCAAAACCUUUCCAAUGAUGGAUCGCUAGCUCUAGCAUUCAAAGUUUCAUUCAGCAAAAAUGUCUUGAAAGGUGAUUUGUCUUACAAUUUCAUCCACGCACCAAAAGUGCCUCCAUCCGAAUUGGCGGAAAGCUUUGGAAAGUUGCUGUCGAGCAGCCAGCUAUCCGACAUCACGGUAAAAGUUGGCCGGCGCACAUUCCAUGCUCACAAAGCCGUUCUGGUGGCCCGAAGUACGGUGUUUGCGGCCAUGUUCCAGCACGACAUGCGGGAGGCCCAACGGAACGAGAUCGUCAUCCCCAACAUGGAUCCGCAGGUCUUUGAGGAGGUGCUUCGCUUUAUUUACACGGACAAGGUCGAAGGAUUGCCGCAAAUGGCGUACGAGCUGUUAGAGGUCGCCGAAAAGUACGAUCUGGCCAGGUUGAAGGUGAUCUGUGAGAACGAGCUGCUCACGCGAAUUACGGUGAAUGCCGCCACCAAAACGUUGGAGUUUGCCGAUAUGUACCGGGCCGAGAAGCUGAAGGCGAAGACGCUUCACUUUCUCAACCGCAAUUUGAGGCAGAUUCCAAACUGGGAGGAAUUUUGCAGCGCCAGACCGGAUUUGGUGGCCGAAAUCUUGGCCACACCCGAAUGAAGCUCGAUUUUAUUCCGCCGUUUGCGCUCUAGAAUCAGUUAAUUUCUGAUGCAUUUUCGAAUGCUGAUAUUUGAUUUGUCUUUUUAAGCUUGAUUUGAUCAAUGAUAAUAACGUUUUGAACUGAAUAAAAAUAAAACA